AUGUCUCUACUACAGUUCACAGAAGACACGGCGCCGUCUACGGUUGAUAACAAAGUGCAGUGGAAAAACGCGCUUCCUAAACUACGUCUGGCCACGCCUGAGCCCUCAAACUUGGAGAAAGCCAAAAAGGCACAGAAAAAAGAAGACCAGCCCCAAAAAGAAGGCAUCAUCUCUCUCUCAUAUGAUCAAGUGAAUGACAAUGCGGAUGAAUUGGUGGAACUUCGCGGUGAGGGCCGUUACUUUGGCGUUUUAGACCCAUCUACAGGCGAUGCCAUUGCCAAUCAAAAGGAAAUGGGUCCUCUCUGCGAUAAUUGCCACAAAAGAGGCCAUAUGCGUAGCAAAUGUAAAACUGUGGUGUGUCACAAGUGUGGUGUCGUUGGAGAUCACUACGAAACACAAUGUCCUACGACUGUAUUGUGUGGCAGAUGUGGAGAAAAAGGCCAUAUUGUAAGCCAAUGUACGAGCAGAACUCGAAAAAGACAAUACUGUAAGACAUGCGACUCUCUUCGUCAUAGCGACGAGACUUGUCCUGGAAUCUGGAGAUCCUAUCUUACCAUUCCUGGAAAUGAUGGAAAGCUGGAACUUCCCAUCAUGUUCUGCUAUAACUGUGCUUCUUCGGAGCAUUAUGGAGAUGAUUGUCCACAGGAACGUGGCUCAAGAAUUCCAAAUUUGAAUGGAAGUGCAUUCAGUGGGAUCAACUUACCGCUGUAUCUUCGAGACAAGUACUUUGCCUACUUGGAUGGAAGAAGCCAGAGACCUACUCAGAAUAUUGACCGUAAUCAGAACGGUCAGGCUAAGAGCUCUAAGGACAGCAAGAAUAAGGAGAAAAAUAAAACAAAGAACAAGAGCAAGGACUACAAGAGCAAGGAUACACUCGAAAAGGACAGAAAACAGUCUAAAAAACAGAAGAAAAAAGAGCAGCGGAAGAAUCUAGCAAACGACAAAAGCAAUGACUCCAACAAUAAUGGCCGCGAAUUCAAGAGAUUAAAGAAAAACGACUCCAACCGGUCAUCGCCCAAACCAAAUGGUGGUGACCUGGUACAGCCUUCCAGAUCCGGAUUUAUUUCGCUUAAACCCCAAUCAAAGCGCAAUUACAGUGCUUCAGACGUGCAACCCAACCGAAGCGGAGUGGUCUCCAAGAAGCAAAAGAAGAACUACCAGCAAUUGUACUAA